AUGUUGGAAAAAACAUACUCCACAUUUCAUGCCUCAAAUGUGCUCCUACAACAGCAAUAUAGAGAGCGCAAAUUUACCAAAUAUUCUGAGAUGAUUUCUUGUUUGUUGGUGGCUGAACAGAAUAAUGAGCUUUUGAUGCAAAACCACCAGUCCCGUCCCACUGAAUCUGUACCAUUCCCAGAAGCGAAUGUGUCAUCAUUUCACGGCCAUGGACAUGAACAUGGAUGCAGACAUCGUGGUGGUCGUGGAUAUGGUCGCAAUAUAAAUAAUUAUAAUAAUCGUGGUGGUCAUAAUUGCUCAUUGGUUCCUAGAAGGAACUCCACAUCGUCCCACCAGAAGUGGAAUUCAAAUGCGACCAAGCAAGCAAAAGAAAAAGCUUUACAGAACAAAGCUCCUGAAAUAUAUGAUGACAAGCCUUGCUAUAGAUGUGGAAUGAAAGGUCAUUGGUCGCGUACCUGUCGUACGCCCAAACAUCUAGUUGAUCUUUACCGUGCCUCAAUGAAUGAUAAAGGAAAAGGAAAGGAAAUUGAAAUGAAUUUUAUGGAUGACGACUUGCCUGUUGAUAUUAUUCACCUUGAUGUUUCUGACUUCUUUGUUAAUCCUAGUGAUAGUAUUAAUCAUUUGAUUGGUGAUGGAAAUAUCCAUACUAAUUAA